AUGUGGCGCGCAACUUGCUUCAUCUCCCAUCAGCGUGCUGGGAUGACACGACCAGUACACGCGCUGCGUCCUUGUUCUUGCACGAGCCUGCACCGACGAGGACCUCACGAAGCUCCGGGAAUCCUCACCCGAUGCUCUUCUUGCGGUGGCUACGGCCAUGCGAUCCUUACGUCCAGCCAUCUUGUCAGAGGACGCACAGAUCCUGACUGCAGCUACGCCUGGCCUGAAGGUGCGUCGCGGGCCAGAUUGGGAGUGGGGGGACCAGGAUGGGCAUGGCCUCGGGCACACCACCAGCAGUGA